GAGAGAGAGGAGGAGAGAAUGUAUGGUGAAAGGCUAGCGCUUCCUUGCUUGUAUCCAGGGCCUUUGUGAAUAAACCAUGGGAUGUAUCGGCUCUCGAACCCUCACAGCAGAUGGAGUUCCCGUGCAGAAGGAUGGGGAACAGCAUGGCCGAACAGACUUUUCAUGGGAUGGAAUCAAUUUGUCUAUGGAGGACACAACCUCAAUCCUCCCUCAGCUGAAGAAGCGGAACUCCAACGCCUAUGGAAUCGGCGCUCUGGCUAAGUCCUCUCUGACAGGUGUGUCAGGAGUGUCUCGCUCUAUGAAGGACAAGGUGACAAAGCCGACAGCGAUGGCCCAGGGGCGCGUGGCUCACAUGAUUGAGUGGCAGAGCUGGGGCAUGCAGACGGUGGGCGUAGGGGGCGGAACGGGACGCACCUCCAGUCUGCACCUCCAACAAGAGCGCAAGCUGGAGAAUGACGCAUACAGCGACCUCAGUGACGGAGAGAAGGAGGCUCGCUUCGCCGCAGGUGUGCUUCAGCAGUUUGCGAUCUCUGAGGCGACGCUGCUGGCCUGGAGCUCUAUGGACGGCGAGAGCACAAGCGUUGGAUCUAAUCAGGGGAGCAUAGCCCACCUGAGUGAGGCCAACCAGGAAAGCAUCACCAGCCGAGACCAGAUGCACCAUUCCUCUGCAGAGGUGUGGCCUCACAAUUACGUCUCCCAGGGUCUUUACUGCCUUUCUUCCUCUGAUGCUUGGGAGCCAAUUAGUAAUGAACAGUCAGGUGUGGCCUCUCCUGCCACUGGUUCAUAUGUCAUGGCUGUCGGGACUGAGGGAGGAUAUGACCCAAGUGCAGCAGCUCAGUUCCUGUCCCAACAGCAACAGCAGCAGUAUCAGAACCAGUUACAGCAGAUCCAGCACCUUCAUCAGAUCCAGCAAUACCAGCAGCAUCAGCUCCUGCAGUAUCAACAACAGCAACAGAUGUUGGAGCAAAGACUACAGAGUGCCACUCAGUCUUUACAAGCUACUCCCAACAGCACCAUCCACAGCCUGCCGCCCCUCACUCACCCCCCAUUAGUGGAUCUGUGGGGGGCAGAGCAGACAGAGGCCUAUCAGGCAGACAUGGUGGGCUACAUGGGUAUGCCUGUAGCAGUAGAUGGAAAUCUAACAGCCCCCACAGAGGAGGUGACGACAGAUCACUCACCUUUACUGGAAGCCCAGGAAGAGGAAGAUAUCAAAGAGGAAGAGAUUACGUUAUGUAUGGAACCAGAACCAGUGACAUUAAUUCCAUCUCCAGUAACGCAGAGAGAGGAAGUGACCUCAAUGGGAGGAAGCAGUCCAGGUCAAGCCCCUGGAGAAUUCAGCACAGAGCGCAAGGCAUCUGAUGUCUCACCGUCUGUAAUUGAAGAGCUUGAGGAAAAAGAGGAGGAGUCUGAAUCAUCGCCUGUAGACGUCACGGCAGCCAACUAAG